AUGACCAGUCAAGAUCCCCUUUUUGGCCCUAUAUUGGCUGUGGUUUACAGAUCAUCCCAAAAAAUUGGCAAUAAAAGUAAUAUUUCAUCGAUUCUAAUUAGCAGUCAUGGUACCAGUGGGUUCCUGAAUGUAACCUUAGACGAGAAGUCCCGAUUUUAUGUUGCCUGUCAAAACCUGCCAGAAGACCAUAGAAACAGUUUAGUUCGAAAAGCAUUAGCAGUGUCUUGUUUACGAGCAUUUGCAACCAUGGACUCAUUUACACGCGCAAAAUUGAUCUCUGCUGAGGUUGAACGAACUCCUAUACCCACCUCCGGUAGUCAAUUUAGCGUGAAUAGCAAUGGUCAAUAUGUUGAUAACAAAAUGGUGAUUUUUGACUGGGAUGAGACGGCAGCUGGUUCUUUAGCAUCGAGAUUUAGACUGGCUGAUGGCAAAUACCCUCGUGAAAUUGGCCAGGCUAUAUUAAAUACCGGUGUUAUCGAACCAAAACUUAUUCAGGCAAAUGCAAUUGAUGUUGUAUACGAAGAUGAUGAUCAGACAAUUGACAAUAAUAAUGAACUGGUAUAUCUAUUGGGGGAACAGCUAGAGCAAUUGUUUGAUCCAUUAACAGAAUACUCUCCUGAGCAUACUGAGCGAUUAUACAAUCCCCCUUUACAGAACGAGUCUUAUGCUACAUUGUCGGACGAGACUGAACUUGUACGCACUAUCUGUGAAGAGCUGUACCUACUUCAGUCCCAUAUGAGAGUUGAUUUAAUGGACUUUUUGCAUGAGUUUCUUAUUCCAUUGAGAGUUCAAGUUCUGGGUGAAGAAGAAGAAUUUGAAGCCAAUGGAGGAAACGAACAUCAACAUCAACAGCAACCAAGUAAUGCAUCCGAGGGCGAUAAUCCUGAUACUCCAAGAAAACUUCGCCAGGGUCGAAUGACAAUUCGUAAACUCAACACCAUUUUCCCACCUACAAUCGAUGAGGUGGUCCGAAUUAACAAUAUCUUUUAUGAUGCUCUUCAACAGGCUCUCUCUUUUGGUAGUUAUGAAGUACUGAAAGCCUGUGGAACUACUAUCCCUUAUUUCUAUAAAGCUUGCAUGCGACACGAAGCAGCCACUAAAAACCUCUCUCGUAAUCUCAACUAUCAUCUGGCAGCACUCCAUCAACGAUGUCCACCAGCUACUGCCAAGAAGUAUACUCCCAGACGCAUAGAAUCUAUUUUGCAAUCCGGUUUACAUUUGACAAAGAUCAAAAUGAUUCUUGAUAGGCUGAUGAAGACGAAGGAAUGGAGUCCAGAAGAGAAACCCACCGUUGAUGAAUACUACCAAUCAGCAGUUGGAACCAUUGAUGCAUUUGGAAAGCAGCAUUCUGUUGCUCCCUAUGAAAGAUUCGUUUUUACCCCUACUGGUAAGAUCCUUGUGGAAGUUGCAUCAGGAUGGCCCAAGGAAUUAGAGUAUGGCUGGUUGAAUCGACGAGUUGUGUGUAUCUUUGAUGCCGUGAAUGUCCUAGCUGAGGAUACACAGAGUCGUGACCGCCAUGCUGUGAUCAUUCUCUUUACUGAUAGUUUGGUUAUUUUGGAACCCAAAAAGCCUAUUCCAAUGGUCAGUGCGUCAGGUUUACAUAUCCCGUCAGUGGCUGACAUGUUGAUGCAUUCAAUGAUUAAUGAGGUACCACUGCGAAACGUUCCAGAAAUGGCUGUUGUAGCCUGGUCAAAGAUCGAAAAUGUGCAUUUCUCGGAAUACAAUAAAUCCAAGAACCUCUCUAUCUUGGCAUCUGGUGACGGAUUUUCCUGCUCCGAUGGUGUUAAACGUCACCUUGCUCUAUACGAGCUCAUUCGGCCAGAUUAUACAGCAACAAAAAUUGUUGAGUUGGUUGCCAAAGCAAAAAUCACUAAUAAAACGCAACCCUUCCACUUAUUCAGGACAACUAGGCCACAAUUAAAGCUGUAUUCCACUGUUCAUGAGUUGGAAGGUUAUGUCAACGAGACUAGAAAGUCCCCAAUUGCUGUAUUCCUCAAUCUGGAAGCUGACAAGGCUACCAUGAAAGCUCAUAAUUUGGCUGCCUGUAUUAAUGUUCAGUUCUUGGAUACAGCUUUUGUCAAGGUAAAAUCACUAUCAUUCAUGGAGUACGGACAAGAAAAAGUGGUACACAAAUCUCAGUUCGCUGAUACUAUAGCCUCUGAGGUUUCCUACCUGUUCACUCUGUUUCUAUCAUCUGCGAAUGAGACCAUGAUUGAUUGUAUUGUUUCUGGUAACCAACUAGUCACGAACUUUUUGGUUAACUAUGCUUUGAACCCAUCUGUAUCGUUGAUCGAGAAACAAAAGUCACAUGCAACGAGUCUCCAUAAACGAUACAUGGUCACUUCACCGAGAGCAGAGAUACCCACAGUUCCAGCUAUUGCCGUUGCUCCUAUCACUUCUACAAAGAGUCCUGUGGUAACUUCGCCCGCUAUCGCCUCACCUCCAGUGGUGUCUCCUACAGUUGUUAAACAAGAAAACUCCCCUGUUCCUGUUGAGGAAGAGAUUCUAACUCUUGAACCUCCAAGUAAGAUAGCGGCCUCACAAGAGAAACGUCGUGUUUCUCCAGUUCAGUUCUUGAAGCAAAAGGUAGUCAAGUCAGGUACUACUAAUGAGAGUAUUCAGAAAAAGAAAUCUUUCAAUUUCCUUAGAGGUAUUCUAGGAACUAGUGAACCACCUAUGCCAGUGAUCGAGCCACUCAAGAUCGAGCAGCCGAAACCAGUCCAAGCAGUGAACCCUGCUCCACAACCUAUGGCAGGUGCUUCCAUUGAACUCACAGCUGAGCCAAGUAUGCGUUCUGUUUCUCCUGCUUCCAUUAGCUCUCCAUUCUCUCAAGCAUCUUCACCAUAUGUUGGUUAUACGAGACCACAAAAAGGAGCUCAAAUCAAAUAUAAACCUGGAGGAAACAUUGCCUCAGAUGAUGAAGAUUAUGAAGACUGGGAAGACAUGUCAUCUGAUGGCAUCUCGAUCGUAUCAGAUGUCACCAGCAUGGACAAUGCAGAAGAGCAGCAACAACGUGAUGUUGAAGAGUGGUUCAACAAUAUCAGCGAGGACGAUGGCGACUUGGACUCUGUGGCACCGGAGUUUGAUGACAUGAAUGAACAAAAUGCUACUGCUGAUAUGACUGUUGAAGAUGAUGAUGAGGUGAAGUCGAUUCAACUGACCAAAUUCUUGGACCCUGUUUUGAAAGACGUUUACAACCGCCAUGCACGCAACGGAUCAUAUGCCAGGGUUCGAGACACUGGUAGCAAUCCAGACACCAGCAUGGAGAUUGGUCAGAGCGAACAUGAAACUUUGGACACCCUCAAUUUCGAGGACGACUUUUCAUAUUUAGCUGGCCUUGUUGGCGACGAGGACACGAAGACUACCAACCUGGAGGAGCUUCCCACUUCUGACUCUCGUAGAUUGUACCCCGAUUUGAGAGAUUCGUCAGUUAUCUUCCUGAGCUCGUAUAUUCGUAGUAGCAAGGACUCCACUAGCGGUAGCUUUAGUGCUGGUCACAGUAUUUGCAGCAGCAUCGAGGUAGUCCGUGUCAAGCGGGAGUCUUCCUGGGAAAGCAUGGGCACAAGUUCUAAUAGUAGCGGCCAACAAGUACGAACCAUGCCAUCGGUGAGUGAACUUGGUAUUCCUAUGAAACAGUCAUACGAUGACCUGCCACGUCCAUCGCAAUAUCCAGCCAGAGUGCCUAGUAGUGGCAAAAACUCACUUGCACAUAGCAGAAGAAACCCUUCUUUGCAAAUGAGAUUUGAGUUCCCUCCUCGACCUCAAGCUCCUCCUCCCCCAUUGCCAGUUAUCUCGCCUUCGUUCCGCAGAAUGAUUAAUGCUUCCAGUGUCAACACACUACAGCUCGCUUCAUUCACUGUUCAAAUCGACAGAACUAUCCAAGAGCUCACUCAAUUGAAGAACUGGUCGCUGGUAAGGGAGUUCCAGAGAACGAAGCGGACAGUCAUGCAGCUCUAUGAGAUGGCACGAAUGCCCGUACCAGAUGUUGUCACACUGGCUCGUACCGAGCUCGAGAUCAGAAAAGUCGUUACCAGCACUGUUUGGAUCAUGCUCUCUUUCGCCGAACAGGAUCCUGCCAGGUCUUCAGUAUACCACGAGCUGUUUGGUUCAUUGCUGGAGAUGGAAUGGCUACGACGAAACAAAAUUUUGGAGAAUCUGGGCGAUACUCCAUCCAUAGACAUAUGGACCACCAACUAA